AUGGUCAACUCCUAUUGUGGCUCCAUCUGCUCCGAGCAGGGCUGUGGCCAGGAGAGCUGCUGCCAGCCCACCUGCUGCAGGACCACCUGCUGCCACCCCAGCUGCUUCCGGCCCAGCUGUUGCAUCUCCAGCUGCUGCAGGCCCAGCUGUUGUGUGUCCAGCUGCUGCAGGCCUAGCUGCUUCCGGCCCAGCUGUUGCAUCUCUAGCUGCUGCAGGCCCAGCUGCUGCAGGCCCAGCUGUUGCAUCUCCAGCUGCUGCAGGCCCAGCUGUUGUGUGUCCAGCUGCUGCAGGCCUAGCUGCUUCCGGCCCAGCUGUUGCAUCUCCAGCUGCUACAGGCCCAGCUGCUAUAGGCCCAGCUGCUGCAGGCCCAGCUGUUGCAUCUCCAGCUGCUACAGGCCCAGCUGCUGCAGGCCCAGCUGUUGCAUCUCCAGCUGCUGCAGGCCUAGCUGUUGCAUCUCCAGCUGCUACAGGCCCAGCUGCUACAGGCCCAGCUGUUGCAGGCCCAGCUGUUGUGUGUCCAGCUGCUGCCGUCCAGUCUGUUGCCAGGCUACCUGCUGUCGCCCAGUUUCCUGUGGGCCUUGCUGUUGAACUUGAUUUCUAACCACCAGCCCUGGGCCAACCACCAUGUUGCCAGUGUCUGUUUUCCUCGUGCAUCUUUUGACCACCGCACUUGGCCUGGUUCUCAUCCCUCAGCAUCUGUUCAUC